AUGUACUGUCACGCUGGCGUUCCAUCCACAUCCCCUUCACCAACAGAUUUCUCGGAGGUCCACAAGAUUCUCUGUGGGCACAUAAAGCAGGGCAACAACUUCUCAGUUGCGGCCGCCGUCGCGCUUGAACCUCUCCACGGCAGUUCGGAGUUUUGGCGUACGUGCGGAUACCGAAGUGGAAUCGUCUCCGCAUUAUUAGCCUCUUCUUUGGGUGUCCAGAGGGAGACGGACCAGUUGUCACACCUUGAACCGAUGACUGUGGCUGAUGUGUAUGCGAUGUUAAGGCACGUUGUUGACGAAAACGCUCAUCUUCGACAGAUCAUUGCGCGACUUGAAUCUGGUGAGUGUGACCCCGAUGACGGUAGUGGAGGAAUCACCUCGUCUACGGAGCGCCUUCGCUCACUUAUUAGUGAAGGCUACGACGCGUUGACUGGACGCUCUUCCCCUUGCAUGGGAGAGUAUGAUUGUGGUCAAACACCAGGGAAAUGGAAAACUUGUUCAAACGGUGCCGCUGGUACGAAAAGGCGGCGUGAUUCUCCUGAAGUAACGGAGUGGGCCUAUGUGCGACCGGAAAGUCCAGUGCCAGCGAGUGAGACGUUGAGUCCCGCUGCCAAUUCCGGUGAUGACACUGUUGACGAAGCUGAACAAAAUAAUGCCUUGGACGUCUUGGAACAACUGCCCGCACUGCCGGGCACCACCCGCACAGUGUCAUCUUUCGAUGCUGUUGGUGAAAUGGUCAACCGUGGAGCUGGAGGACCGUCACUACACCCUACUAAUCCGAGUGAGUUUCGUGUGGGGUCUGAAAGGGGCUCUACUAUCGAAACACACUCUAGCAGUGAGGUAAGCAACUUUGCUAAUGUGGGCGUUGGGACAUCAUCCGGCAAGCAAAAACGGUAUAAAUUUAGCGCAUCGGAAGAUGAAGCUAUCAUAAAAGGUUUGGCACGCUUCACGAAGGGACAGCAGAGGUUUCAACAAAUUUACUACGCCUACCGCUCCGUGUGGCACCCUGCAAGAACUGUCAGUCAACUGUAUGAUCAUUGGCGUGGGACGCUGCGCUAUAAGGUUAUACAACAACAAGGAUACAGGGGAAAGAACAGCGUCGCCGCACGCUCUCCCGAGAAAGCCUCCAAUAUGGAGAAUAACGAGUGA